UCCUUCAUCCACCUGGUCUGUGUUCUUUUGCAGUUCCUGGUCAGAACGGCCGUGUAGGUGUUUAGACCUGUACCAAGGAAGACCAGCAGCGUUCUGCACACCUGAGGACGUUCCUGCAGACAUCCAGGCUCAGAAAUGCUGCUGAAAACUCCCACCAGACUCAUCUAUACAGCCAGCUUUCUGCUGCUGGCUUUAGGAGCUCUACUUUUCAUUGGCUACAAGCUGAGCCUGGAGAUGCCGCAGUACCCUGCGCAAACCAAAGACAACGUCUGUACAGAGGCCUGCAUUGAGGCUCUUAAGGAGGAUAAGAAUAACCCCAUUUUAAAGGACUGCCCUGUUAUAGACAAAAAGAACGAUCAGAAAUCAGUAGCCAAACAAGCAGAUCUGGAGAAGGAAGCUGAGAUACUCAUCUUGGUCUGGAUAUGGCCUUUUGGCGCACCGUUUCCGGUGGACACCUGCGAAUCGCUGUUCGGUAUCAAAAACUGUCAUAUAAUAGAUGACAGAAAUCAAUAUGAGAAAGCUGACGCCGUUUUGUUCCACGCUAGAGACAUCAGUGAUGAGAUACCAAACCUUCUGAAACUGCCACGGUAUCCACUGCAGAUGUGGGUGUGGAUGAACAGCGAGUCUCCAGGCUACACACCUCGACUGAAAGGAGCAGAUGACCUGUUCAAUCUGACGUCAAAUUACCGAAGAGAUUCAGACAUCUGGGCGCCUUAUGGACGAAUUGUGAGAGCCACCGAGGAGGAGAAAGCCUUUCAGAUACCAAAAAAGGACAAGCUAGUCUGCUGGAUUGUCAGCCACUGGAACGAAGAAUUCAGGCGAGUGGCCUACUUCAAAGAAUUCAGCAAACACAUCCAAGUAGACGGCUUUGGAAAGCACUUCGGGAAAGAGGUGAACAAAGAAGAUUUUUUCAAAGUUAUUACCAGCUGCAAGUUCUACCUGUCGUUUGAGAACUCCAUCCACCGAGACUACAUUUCAGAGAAGGUCUUUCACCCACUGGUUCUCGGCACGGUUCCUGUGGUUAUCGGCCCGCCCAGGGACAACUAUGAGGAAUUCAUACCAAAAGAUGCCUUCAUCCACGUCGACGAUUUCAGAACGCCCAAAGAUCUGGCAGAAUAUCUCAAAGUCAUUGACCAGAACGAAGAAAUGUAUAAAGGAUAUUUUGCUUGGAGGAAACACUUUGUUGCCAAGGUUGGUCAUCCUGAAGAGCACGCCUGUCGUACUUGUGAAUAUAUAAGAGUGAACAGGAACUACAGAGUAUCCAAAAACAUUAAUAAAUGGUAUUUUAAUUAGCCUGAACUCAGAGAGGAAACUCAUUCGUGGACUCUUGACUACUUGAUGUAGUGUCACGCUUUUGGGUAAAAAUCCAGAAUCAACAAAUCAAAAUCCCACACAUCAUAUAGGUCCUAUGGAGGAAGAUCUAAAGCUGCAAACACUUCAGAGGUUUUGAGUACAAAAAA